GGUGGUCCGCGGCCGCUUAAACCGCAGUCAUGUCUGAUUCCUCUUCUUCCUCUUCUCUACAUCUCAGAAAGUUCUGAUCAUAGAGAAGGAGAAAGGAGGGUAACAGAGGCAGAUCUAUUUCAGGAUCACGGGAUCUUGCUCGAGGUUUAUAAUUUUGUGACUUCCCGACGAGGAUUGGAUUUGGGAAGGAAAGAUGUGGGUUUGUGGUGCGUUUAUGGCUGAAGAGAGGCAUUUACUUUGCUGAUCAAGCUUCCGGUUUGAUCUUACAGCGUGGGAGGGCGACCUGGGGGGGAGGAGAUGAGUGCUUCGAGAUUUAUUAAGUGUGUCACCGUAGGGGAUGGCGCCGUUGGAAAGACCUGCAUGCUUAUAUCUUACACCAGCAACACAUUCCCUACGGAUUAUGUGCCCACAGUGUUUGACAAUUUCAGUGCAAAUGUUGUUGUUGAUGGUAGCACUGUCAACCUAGGUUUAUGGGAUACUGCUGGUCAGGAAGAUUAUAAUAGAUUAAGACCAUUGAGUUAUCGCGGAGCUGAUGUUUUUAUACUGGCCUUUUCUCUCAUCAGCAAGGCCAGCUAUGAAAAUGUUUCAAAGAAGUGGAUUCCUGAACUAAGGCAUUAUGCCCCUGGUGUUCCUAUUGUACUUGUUGGAACAAAGCUAGAUCUCCGUGAUGACCCGCAGUUCUUUAUUGACCACCCAGGUGCUGUGCCUAUCAGUACUGUUCAGGGAGAAGAGUUGAGAAAGCAAAUAGGUGCUUCUUCUUACGUAGAGUGCAGCUCAAAAACACAGCAGAAUAUCAAAGCAGUAUUUGACGCUGCCAUCAAAGUUGUUCUGCAGCCACCCAAGCAAAAGAAAAAGAAGAAGAGGAAGGCACAAAAAUCUUGCUCCAUUUUGUGAAGAAGAGUGCAUGAAAUGAUGAUCAUGCACAUUUGUUAUGCAAUCUUUAAGUUUCUGUUUGGAUUGAAGCUCUUCCUGUAUAUUUAACUGACAUCAACGACAACAGAAGAUUUCCGACGAGUCAAAAAAAGAAAAAAA